CGGUCUCCAAAAAUAUGGCCGCCUUGGUUGAUUUUGCCGUGGAUAAGUGAAUACAUUUUUCUUCGUCGCUUAUUUUUCGGUGACAUUUGGGCUUUUGUAACUUUGUGAAGCAGCCAGUGACACCAAGACGGCAUGGAGCUGCUUAUCAGAGGGGUGAGGCCGGCACUGAAGGGGGUAUGUGCCCUCCAGCAAGUCAGGACCCUGCAUCGAGCUCCUCCGCGGCUCGCCCCGCUCAUCCCUAUUGUCGUGGAGCAGACGGGUCGCGGGGAGAGAGCUUAUGAUAUUUUCUCCCGGUUACUGCGGGAGCGUAUUAUCUGCGUCAUGGGACCGAUCGACGACUCCAUAGCCAGCCUGGUAAUCGCUCAGCUCCUGUUCCUGCAGUCCGAGAGUAAUAAGAAGCCCAUUCACAUGUACAUCAACAGCCCAGGGGGCUCGGUGACUUCUGGCCUUGCAAUCUAUGACACCAUGCAGUAUAUACUGAAUCCCAUCUGUACGUGGUGUGUGGGACAAGCAGCCAGUAUGGGGUCCCUCCUCCUAGCAGCCGGAUCCCCCGGAAUGAGACAUUCUUUGCCAAACUCCCGAAUUAUGCUCCAUCAGCCGUCAGGAGGUGCCAGGGGUCAGGCUACGGACAUCGCCAUACAGGCGGAGGAAAUCAUGAAGCUGAAGAAACAGAUUAAUGAAAUUUAUGCCAAACACACGCGCCAGCCGCUGUCCCUGAUCGAGUCGGUGAUGGAGAGAGACCGCUACAUGAGCCCCACAGAAGCUCAGGAGUUUGGUAUCCUGGACAAGGUAUUGGUGCACCCCCCUCAAAAUGGAGAAGACGAACCAGAACUUGUCCGAAAAACAGAGGCGCAACCGCCGCUGCCACCGCCUUCUGAGCCUUAGAUAGAAGAGCAGCAGGACUGUGCAACCCUGGAUCACACUGAAGCGGAGACCGUGCCCUCACACACAGGAGACACCAUUAUUACUUUAGUUAUGUGGCCCCCAAAAAAUGAGGGGUGCAGCAAGUCUCCUGGGUAAUAGUGUACUACAUUGCACUGCCCCCUGGUGGCAGAGAAGAGGCAGUCGCUUCUCUACCACCAGUACAGAGUGAAAUUGUGCAGAGGGUUCCUCCUCCAGUUUCACGUUCCCGUCUGUAGCCUGUAUGUCAUAGGUGGAUUAUAAAAAUAAAGCUGAAAAUAUAAUUAUUUCCACAUAAA